GAGGGCGGACAGCCGGGUUGAGAGCCGCUGAGUGAGCCGGGGAUCCAGACGCGCCGCCACCGCCGCUGGGCCGGGGGGCUGGCAUGGCCAAGGGCGUGUGAGCGCCGAGCGCUAGGGCCUCCGCCACCAUGCCCGGGGGCGCAGGCGCCGCCCGGCUCUGCCUGCUGGCGCUCGCCCUGCAGCUCCUCCGGCCGCGGGCGGCGCGGGAGCAGGGAUGGACGAGAAGAGGAAUUGAGGAAGGCAGCCCCCAGCUACAGCAUGAAUUAAUAAUACCUCAGUGGAAGACUUCAGAAAGCCCCUUGAGAGAAAAGCAUCCAUUCAAAGCUGAGCUCAUGGUAAUGGCUGAGGGGCAAGAACUGAUCCUGGACCUGGAGAAGAAUGAGCACCUUUUUGCUCCAGCCUACACAGAAACCCACUAUACUCCAAGUGGUAACCCUCAAACCACCAUGCUGAAAUCAGAGGAUCACUGCUUUUACCAUGGCACGGUGAGGGAGGCAGAGCAAUCCAGUGUCACGAUCAGCACCUGCCGGGGAAUUAGAGGACUCAUCGUGGUGAGCAGUAACCUCAGCUACAUCAUCGAGCCCCUCCCUGACAGCGAGGGCCAACAUCUUAUCUACAGAGCUGAACAUCUCAAGCUGCCUCCAGGGAACUGCGGGUUUGAGCACUCCAAGCUCACCACCAGGGACUGGGCCCUUCAGUUUACACACCAGACCAAGAAACGACCUCACAGGAUGAAAAGGGAAGAUUUACACUCCAUGAAGUACGUGGAGCUUUACCUCGUGGCUGAUUAUGCAGAGUUUCAGAGGAAUCGAGGAGACCAGGAUGCCACCAAACACAAGCUCAUGGAGAUCGCCAACUAUGUUGAUAAGUUUUACCGAUCCUUGAACAUCCGAAUUGCUCUCGUGGGGUUGGAAGUGUGGACUCACGGCAACAUGUGUGAAGUUUCGGAGAAUCCAUACUCUACCCUCUGGUCAUUUCUUAGUUGGAGGCGCAAGCUGCUCACCCAGAAGAACCAUGACAAUGCACAGUUAAUCACGGGCAUGUCCUUCCAUGGCACCACCAUCGGCCUAGCCCCCCUCAUGGCCAUGUGCUCUGUGUACCAAUCUGGAGGAGUCAGCAUGGACCACUCCGAGAAUGCCAUUGGUGUGGCUGCCACCAUGGCCCAUGAGAUGGGCCACAACUUUGGCAUGAGCCACGAUUCUGCAGAUUGCUGCUCAGCCAGUGCAGCGGAUGGCGGGUGCAUCAUGGCAGCUGCCACUGGGCACCCCUUUCCCAGAGUGUUCAACAGAUGCAACAGGAGGGAGCUGGACAGGUACCUGCAGUCAGGUGGUGGAAUGUGUCUCUCCAAUAUGCCAGAUACCAGGACGCUAUAUGGAGGCCGGAGGUGUGGGAACGGGUACCUGGAAGAUGGGGAAGAGUGUGACUGUGGAGAGGAAGAGGAAUGUAACAACCCCUGCUGCAAUGCCUCUAACUGCACCCUGAGGGCAGGGGCAGAGUGUGCCCAUGGCUCCUGCUGCUACCAGUGUAAGCUGCUGGAUCCUGGCACCCUGUGCCGUGAGCAGGCCCGGCAGUGUGACCUCCCAGAGUUCUGCACGGGCAAGUCUCCCCACUGCCCCACCAACUUCUAUCAGAUGGACGGCACCCCCUGUGAGGGCGGCCAGGCCUACUGCUAUAAUGGCAUGUGCCUCACCUACCAGGAGCAGUGCCAGCAGCUGUGGGGGCCUGGAGCCCGGCCUGCACCUGAUCUCUGCUUUGAGAAGGUGAAUGUAGCAGGAGACACCUUUGGAAACUGUGGGAAGGACAUGAAUGGCGAACACAAGAAGUGCAACAUGAGAGACGCCAAGUGUGGGAAGAUCCAGUGUCAGAGCUCUGAGGCCCGGCCCCUGGAGUCCAAUGCGGUGCCCAUCGACACGACCAUCAUCAUGAAUGGGAGGCAGAUCCAGUGCCGGGGCACCCAUGUCUACCGGGGUCCCGAGGAAGAGGGUGACAUGCUGGACCCAGGCCUGGUGAUGACAGGGACCAAAUGUGGCUACAACCAUAUUUGCUUCGAGGGGCAGUGCAGGAACACCUCCUUUUUUGAAACCCAGGGCUGCGGGAAGAAGUGCAACGGCCACGGGGUGUGCAACAACAACCUGAACUGCCACUGCCUCCCGGGCUGGGCCCCGCCCUUCUGCAAUACUCCGGGCCACGGGGGCAGCGUCGACAGUGGGCCCAUGCCCCCCGAGGGUGUUGGUCCUGUGAUAGCUGGAGUGUUCUCAGCCCUCUUUGUGCUGGCGGUGCUGAUGCUGAUGUGUUAUUGCUGCAAACAGAAAAACAAACUGGGCCAACUCAAGCCCUUAGCUCUCCCUUCCAAGUUGAGGCAAAAUUUCAGUUGUCCCUUCAGGGUGUCUCAGAACAGUGGAACUGGUCAUGCCAACCCAACUUUCAAGUUGCAAACACCCCAAGGCAAACGAAAGAUGAUCAACACUCCUGAAACCCUACGGAAACCUGCCCAGCCUCCUCCACGACCCCCUCCAGACUAUCUACACAAUGGCUCCCUACCUGCACCAUUGUCAGCAUACCUGAGCAAGACUGCUAGAAACUCCCCAGGGCCCGGGUCUCAAGUGGAGAGAAGGGAGUCAUCUAGGAGGCCUCCCCCAAAUCGGCCAGUGCCCCCUGCACCAAAUUGCAUCCUCUCCCAGGACUUCUCCAGGCCUCGGCCGCCCCAGAAGGCACUCCCAGCAAACCCAGUGCCAGGCCGCAAGACACUCCCCAGGCCGGGUGCUGCCUCCACACUGAGGCCUCCUGCCACCACCCCUCAGCAGUCCCGACCUUUGGCUUCUCUUUCUUUGCAAUUUCCAGAAUACAGAUCACAGAGAGCUGGUGGGAAGACUGGCUCGAAAAUCUAGACUCACCUAAGGGGUUCCUACUUUUCCUCUGAGGACUCUGGACACCAUAGAGGAUCCACGGCCACAGAACCCAAGAGAAGCAUGUCUGGCCACCUCUGAGCCCCGCCUGUCCUUCUUCAGAACUGCCAUAGCCCAGAAAAGGUUCUCCUUUACUCUGGGCCUCCUUGGCUUCCUCGGAGGCCCAGGGAUCCAAUGGCUUCUGAGGGUGGUUUUGUGCAAUAUACAGCCCUGGGUAGGGAGGGGAGACCACCGACGAGGAGGAGGGAUGGAACUUCUUCCCCCAACCCCCAGCCCCAAGGGGUCACUGGAGAUGGUCAGGGAUGUCUGAGCUGGCAAGCUGGGCCAGACCUGUUUAGCCCCUCAGGCCAGGACUUGGCUUGCAGAAGUCAUCCUUCCACGUCCUAUGGUGGAGAGUAUGUGUGAACGGAUGUCCCAUUGCUUUUGUCUCCCUCAACAAUCCUCAGCUGGACAGAGGCUGGCACUUACCCAUCCAUUUUAGCUUUUAGGGAUUGAGGAAGGGACCAGCCAUCCAUUGCUGUAUCCCUGCCCAGGGCUGGGUUGACGCAAUGGCUCCUGGCUCUGUAGCUGCAUGUGACAAGCCACGUCUCUUUCCCACCUCCCCACAAACACCUGCGUCCCCUUAUUUACAUGGGUCACUCUGACUCAGACAGGUACUAUUUGUAGGCAGUGUAGACAGCAGAGGAGCACCAAGCUCGGGCCUCCUCUGAACUGAGAUGCCAAAGGUUGCGACUCCCAACUCGUGAUAUUUUGGGUUGCUUUUUGUUUUCUCUUCUGCACUUUCCUAGUGCCCCAUAUUCUUGUCUUGUCCUUUCCCCUCAUACCCCCUGUAAUGUGUGGUGCUUUGAUGAGUGGACCCCCAGCAGUCCUGACUUUCUGGUGACCAGGUGCUUAUGACCAACAAGUCAGGGUCCUGCCCCAAGGUUGGCCACUGGAUUUCCUGCAUCGGAUCUCAAAAGUACUGGCUAGAGUAGACUCAGGGCAUGGCCCUGGGGGUCAUACCUUUAUUUUUCAUUGUUUUUUGAGACCUCAGUAGAGUGAGGGUUUUCCUCAUUACUCCCUGACCUAAAUCAAAGUGAUGUUCCUCUGGGGAUGGGAGCAGCUGUGUGAAGGCAGCAGACACCCUACAAAGCCCAGCUAUUAACCUAGUGCGUACACAGGAGCCAGCCUGCGCUCGUGGUCUGGUCGCUGACUUGAGGUGGGAUGACUGAUCUCUGAGUAACAGCAGACCUGUUUCUAACCAAGGGAGCCUCUGCAGCUGAGAUUCCCUGGAACACGCAGUGACCACCACCUGUGCUGGAACAGUCAGAGCAGACCCCUAACCUGGCAUUUUGUCUUUCACCUUCUUUUGCUCUCCCUCCCCUUCCCUGACCCUUGCAGAAAGGCAGCUGUGAGCUGGGCUCCAGUGCUCCCGUCCUCCUAGAGCAGGGAAGGGAGGGCUGUGGUGCUCUGCUAGAUGGGAUGAUUUUCUUAAAGUACCUAGAGACAUUCUCUGAAAGACUAUCCCCUACCCCAGGAAGGUGCUGGGUAGCUCUCCGGAGGGGAGCUGGCCUGACUUCCACUCCUUUGAGGCUUUCCAGGGGCCUUCCCACCUCUUGCAGUGAGCAUUUGUUCGCUCUUGAAAACCUCAACGCAAGGACUAAGGCCCCUUAUCACCCAGGGCCUUAUAGUUCUCUGCACACAGUAGGUGCUUCAUAGAUCUUCUUGGGUUUGUAGAUAAAUGGGAGGUAUAUGAUGUGCACCUGGGAACAAAUCUGGGGUGGAUUUAGAAAGAUCCCAGGAAAAUGAGUUCCUUUCCCCUCAGAUGGCUGUGAUACUGGUGCCCUUUCUGCCUGGCCUGGGCCCUCCUUGCUCCCAGAUCCACUCCCCACAUUCCUUGUGGCCUCAUUAAGUCAGGGGACAGCUUUCCAAUUACACACACUGCCCCAUGCCUCCAGGCUGGGCCUAAGAAAAGUAAAGUGAAAAUAAACAAAGAACACCCUCAACCCCCAGCCCCUGCUUCACAGAUGUUCCUGUUGCUUAUCCAUUCUUUCUCCCUCACUCCAGGAGGUAGGUGGUUCUGAAGGGCAAUGCCAUGGCCAUUGUGACAGCAUGAGCCGUCUUACCCUGCAAUCCACCCCUAAGAGACCUGAGUUGUUUUCUUGCUUUUUAUUUUGUUUUGUAUUUGUUUUCUCAUUAUUUUAAUAUCACCUCCAUCCCAUAAAAUUGUACUGUGAACUGGAAGAUGGAGUUUUUUUUAUUUGAUGGAGACUUUUAGCAGCCUGUUCUAAUGGCUGUGUUCCUGCUGGCUCUGUGAUGGAGGCUGCCCAGGGAAGACCACCAUCAUACUGCCCCUCUUCUUUCCAGGGCCCCCUGCUCCUGUGAGGUGUCAAAUGCAAAUAAAUUUGUGCUUCAGGAAGAAGAUUCCUUAUUCAAAAGGGUGAUUGCAAGAAGGGAAAAGGGAACAUUGCUAAAGGGGAAGAAGGGAUUUCUGCAAUAGGGAGCAUGAUCAGACCGACCUACUGCAAAAUCACAAGCUUCUCAAAACCCAGGCAGAAAAGGCCUUUUGUCUUUAGAAAUAAGAAAUAAGCAUAGCUAGAGAGAGCCCCCUGCAGGGAGUGUCUUUGUGCCUGCCCUUUUUUGGGGUGGGGUGGAUCUAAGAAUGGGCUAUUAUCUGGCAGCGCCUGUAGCUCAGUUGAGUAGGGCGCCAGCCACAUACACCGAGGGUGGCGGGUUUGAACCCGGCCUGGGCCAGCUAAACAACGACCAUGGCAACAACAACAAUAAAAAAUAGCUCGGCAUUGUGGUGGGCGCCUAUAGUCCCAGCUACUUAGGAGGCCAAGACAAGAUAAUCGCUUAAGCCCAAGAGUUGAAGGUUGCUGUGAGCUGUGACGCCACGACACUCUACCAAAGGUGACAUAGUGAGGCUCUGUCUCAAAAAAAAAAAAAAUAGAAUGGGUUAUUUUCUGGCUAAAAUUGAGGGCAGGUCAAGGUCCAGGGUCUGGUGGGGAGGAGGGAAGCCUGACUAAAGUUUGGUUUAGUGAGUUAAUACCAGUAUAAAUAUUUAUAAAAACUAAAUUAGCUUCCUGCCAGUUUUACAACUCCGGAAUGUUUUUCUUAAGGACUUUGGAGCUAUCACUGAAAUGUAAAAAAACCCAAGGGAGGUAGCGCCCCUGUUUCCCGGUUUCUCUGGGAGUUUCAGCCUGGGCACAGGGCUCCAACUUGUUGACUUCUCCCUAUAAAAAGAAAGCCCUUUUCUGCUUCAGUUCUGAGAUGCUUGCAGAUUUUCUGGUCAGAGAGUUCUCUGUAUUGCAGCCUACCUUCCCCCCACUGUGACAGCCCCUUCCUGUCCUUACAGGCUCUCUUUUGAAUAUGUUCCCUACUUACCUAUUUCCUAGUUUGUUCUUAUGUGACAGAAGGUAUGAAAGAGUUGCAUUUUUAAAUCUUAUGGACCAGAUCUUAAGUCAGUAAUUGUGUUCAAUGCACACAUAAAGGCUCUGCUGGACACCCAAGCAAGUCACAGGAACCCCAACUGGAAAGGUCCCCCACCCUGAGGGAAGUCUGGUAAUGAGAAAUUCUGCAGAAUCCACACUCCAUGUCCCCAAAGUCACCCUCCGCGCAUCCUCGCACACCAUCCACUGUGUGUAUGUAUGUGUCUGGGCUCCAGGGCAAUGUGAAUUUUCUUUUUCUUUGGGAGAUUGUUCACGGAAAACAGAUCUUCUUCUCUCUUGUCCACCUGUUAAUUGUUUACAAUAUUUGUACAUCUAUGCAAAAUACUUGAAUGGGCCAUGGUGCCUUUUUUUCCUUGUUUGUAUUUAAUUAAAAUGAAUUGUUUGUUAUUUGGAAUGUUA